AUGCUUCUUACGCCCAGCUCUUCCAACCAAGCGACACACGACGAGGCCGACAUGGCUGAGGACUUGGACGAACCCCCUGAUCAACAUGUUUUGCACGCCACCCCGAUGAACGACGAUAUGGUCUUGACUCGGCCGACCAUGGUCGACCGGAAGGAAUCGCUGCUCACUCGCGCCUUGAAGAGCAGCCCGGAAAUGUCGCCUCUCGAACAGCACCAUCCCUCUAUGCACGACUCUGCCUACUCCUAUCGCUCCUACCCGCACAGCAACAUCUCUGGAAUCUCCACCGCCGAGCUGACCAGCGAUGGCGGUCUCACAAGCCCCUCCCUCUCCAACACCCCGAGUCCGCCACUCCCUCCGCAGAUGAUGGGCAAAGCUGCCAUGGCCGGCAAGAAGGAUUUAAAUCAACGCGUAAAGGUGGUCGAUACGAACGAGAACUCCGUCGAGGCCAACCUUGGACGUAAGCGUUGUAUCAGCUUCGCCUGUGGCAAGGCUAAGGAGUCAGCCCAGCCUAAGGCUCCCUCGCCUGAGAAGACACAGACGACUACGCCUCAAUCUCAAAAAGAUGCGCUUGAACCUCCGAAGCGCAAAUCGACUCUUACUUUCGUCUGCCCGAGCCGUCAGUCUGUUAUUCAAAGAGAACGCUCGCCGGGUCGCAAGUCUGCGUUCCGGAACCGAUGCCGUGGUUCUCCUGCCCCUGCUAUUCGCAAGACUUCUUCCUCCGCCCAGGCCUCUGAAGAGAUUAAGGCGCCUGCGACGGAUUCGCCCAAGGGUGUUCCGACAAGCGGUCUAGGCAAGUUUGAGGAAUCUGAGGCCACUCGGUUCCAUGAGUUUGCUAGUGCCGUGGAAGACGAUGACGAGUGGGUGAAGAAGGAAACUGAGUUUACCGAGAAGAUCACCUUGAACGACUGCAUGAAGAAGGAGAACGCUAUUCGCCGCCUCGCUGAAGAAGCCGAUCAGGAAGAUGAAGACGACGAGGAGGAUGACAUCGAGGAUCUCGCCGACGAUGACUCAACUGUUCACGAUUUCUCUUCCGAUGACGGUAAUGAGUCAGACAACGAGGCGGGCUUUGCGGAUUCGGAUGAGAGCGAUGACGAUGGUUCGGACUACGAAUUCUGGGCCCCCUCUGCUGCUACAUCCGAAACCAAUGUUCCCGCUAUCGACAUCUUCCCUCCGAUCUUGGAACGUCGGGCUUCGAAUACCUCCUUCGACUCCAUGACCGACGAUCACCCAAAGUGGCUGCCGGCGCCUGUGCAGAAGAUUGGCGGACGCCGUGGCGUAACCAAGCCAAUCAAGAUGCGACCCGGUACCCCUAAUCUGCCUGACAGCACCGAUUUCGUCUGUGGCACUUUGGAUGAGGAUCGUCCUCUCGAGGCUGCUUACAAGUCGUGCCUCGAACAGCGCCGCAUUUCUAAGCAUGUCCCGAUCCCGCAAGACAUCGACCCCAGCUUCCCCACCAGCGACCCCGAGGCUGAAGAAGACCUCGAGGAUCUCUCUGAGGAUGAAGAGGCAUCUAAUGCUGAGCCAGUCCGCGGCCGGACAGAAGGCCCGACUCGUUCUCCUCCACGACACUCACCCAAGCGCAUGAUGUCCCCGCCCCCUCCUCGUACUGGUCGUGCCUCUCCUAAGCGCCUCAAGUCCCCGCCUCCCCGUGCGCGAGCCAAAUCCCCCUCGCCGAAGAAGUGGAAGGAGAUGCCGGUUUUGGAGUCGCCUAGCGGUCUCAAUAUCAGCCACCUGGUUCAGCAUCGCCAGCCUUUGGUGCGCACCAAGUCGUUGCCUCGUACACCAAACCCAUUCUUUGCUACCGACCAGUCACAUCGGUGGCACGGAAUCCCACCUCUCUCCGAGUCUCCAGAGGAUGAACACUUCCGCGCUCGUGAGGUAUUACACACACGUGGCCCCAUCGACAUUGUCGAGGGCCUCGAAAAGAAACGCCAGAAACGAAAAGAAAAGUUCUGGCGUCAACAUUGCCGCAAGCAAGCCGCUAAGGGACAAACAACCCAGCGGAAGACUCCCGGCAAGGGAGCCAAACGGAUGAAGGAGCUUGGCCUCGAAGUUGCUGAGAGGUGCAGAGCUUAUGGUGUCGCUGAAGACACCCAGCUCGUCCUAUCUGUUUAG